AUGGCAGAAAAAGUAAGCAGGCUAUUGACAGCCAACCUCGAAUAUACGGCCAUACGCCUUAUGAUCAAUAACGAGAUUGUGAAUCGCCUUUCCGCAAAAUCACGAGGUAUUAAAAAGGAUAAAGCUGUGAUGCAGGGGGAUAUUACUAAAGCUUUUUCUAACCGCUGUCAGAGGCGUCUUUCAGGAGAGAAACGUCAGGAGCUUGGUCUUGAGAUUGAUGAUGAUGGAUUCUGUUGUCGCGCUGGCAAUGGAAGGGCUCUUGUGAAUGAUUCUGAAUUCGAAAGUGACAAUAAUUUAUCAAACGACUCUGUUCAAACAUCAUACGCCGAAUCUUCAGACGAAUUCCACCGUGAAGCCUCUCAGGAUUCUAUAUCUAGAGAAAAAUCAGAAAUAGCAGCUAGAAAGGGAAAGAAGCGAAAGAGAAAAGACCCAUCUCAGUGCGGUUGCCUGCUCCCUAAUAGCACUCUUCGUCGUGUCUUUCAUAAUUCGGAACCCGAAAUGAAAUGUCAAAAGGCCUUGCGCAAAGUUGGACGCAAGAUAUACAAAAACCACGACAAAAUCGACACCAAUACCAUUUGCUCGAGCCAUAGUCGACAGCUUUGUAACAUGCUAGGAAUGUCAGUCAAUAAUACACAUAGAGAACGAGCGGACCGUCUCGAUAAGCUGUAUCAUGGACUUGGUGCCUGGGAAGGCACUCGCGCUCGAUAUUCGGACUGGUUUCAACGAACCCAGCCGAGCGAAAUCCCCGUCAAUAUGUUCCGUUUCCAAGAGAAGAACAUCCGACCGAUCGUCGAAAAUUGGGAUAGUCUCGAGUAUCUCACAUUCCAGAGUCUCUAUCGACGAUGUUUUGGGAAAAACCAGCUACCAGCUCUUAAACAAACAGAUAAUCUUAUGCGAGCGAACGGAAGUGUAGUCAUUCCAGGAUUUUUCAGUUGGCUCAAGUACGAUUUCGAUGGUAUGCAUCCUGGUGGUAUUCUUCGACUGGCUCUACAAGAAUUCGCCCUGUAUGACUGGCAUUUUCGCCCUCGCACAGAUCAUCCGCGACUUGGAUGGGCAACAAACAUGUGGUAUAGUUUGAUCCAACAAUUAGUGCGGCAAGAUAUAGUCUACUGGAUGUGGCAUGUCUACUUCCGCCCUGAUCAUAUGUGGCGUUUGAUCUCUGUACCUCAUUGCUCCCAGAGCGCCUAUCCUGGAGAAGGAACAUGCUUUCAACAACUCGAUAUAAAUGUACGUGCCUUUGUCAAUACUGGCUACGGUAAGAGCUUUUUACAGGGCUCUGUGUCUCUCGAAGACGAAGAUGAGCAAAAUUGUGACGAAUUAUUACUCGGUAUGAACCGUCAUCUGGAGCUUUGGUGGAACGAUGUAUCUUCUAAUGGUCUGGUAGGGGAUGGUAAUCUUCAGCAAAUCAUCUCUGAGAUGUGGACAUCAGAAGAUGUAGAGAAGUACGGCAUUGAUUGGGUCAAGCAAGUCUGUCAAGCUACAGAUGUACGUUUCAGUCUCCCAGGUCUCCCACAUAAAUCUACAGACCGGACAACAGCUCAACGACACACGAUUUCAGCAUGUUACGUCGGGAUAAACGAUGAUCAUUCCGGCCUGGAUCUCACCGAAUCAGGGACCUGGGAGGAAUUAUCCCGGAGUCAUCGUGACUUUAUACCAGUUGAUAGAACAUUAGAAGACUCGGACCAAACAAACGAUGGAAGUGACUCGGAUGAGAAGAUGCAUCAUAUCUUUCCGGGUAUUUUCAGGUUAGGUGGUCUUGGUGCUAUCUCAGAUGCGCUUGUCGGGAGGGAAAGAUGGAACAAUACAGAAACUAUUCAGAUGGUGAACCUAUUGUUCGGGUCAGAUGAGAGUGUGGCUUGGAAGUACAUACAGGACUGGAGAGAAAAUGCCUUCGCACAAUACGUAAUGGCGUUUGAUCGAAUGGUUAAAGCUGAGAAGGUUACGUACGGGGAAAAUUCGUAUUUUAAUCGCGUUGAAGCGGGAUUAAGUAUCCAACCAGCCUUUGUGCAAGGUGGGGAUUUUGAUGAUGAAAUACAUCCGAGCAUUGAGUGA